AUGAAAAAUUAACAUAAAAUAAAAAUAUUAGAUGGAGCUGUUGGCUCUUUAUUAUAAUAAAAAUAUCCAGAAUUUUAUGAAUAAAGAACCUGGAUGAAUAGAAUUCUUAAGGAAAAACCUGAAAAAUUAUACGAUUUACAUCUAGAAUACUGUAAACAGGGUGCGGACAUUAUUACAUCGUUUACUUUUAAAACUAAUCCUAUAGCAUGCUAAUCACUUGAAGAAAGUAAAAAGUUAGUGUAAAUUGCUGUAAAAGAAUGUUAAAAAUUAAAAGAAAUAUACAAAGACAUAUAAAUAUUUGGAUCAAAUAGCCCUGCAGAAGAUUGUUAUUAAAAAGAAAGAACUCUAACUAAAGAUGAAUUAAUUUAUAACCACAAGAAUCAUAUUUAGUUUUUGUAUGAUUGCUAGGUUGAUUGCAUAUUCAACGAAACUAUGAGCUAAUUAGAUGAACUAAUUAUUGUUUGUCAAAUUUGUUAAGAUAUGAAUAUCCCUUACAUAAUUAGUAUCUACUUUGAUAAUAAUCUUAAGAUUCUUUCAGGAGAGAGUGUUGAUGAUUGUGUAGAUACAUUACUGAAUAAAUAUAAAUUCAAGCCAAUAUGUUUAUCUUUUAAUUGUGUUUAAAAAAAAGAUUUACUAAAUUUAUUCUUACAAUCUAAAAAAAUCUUUCAAUAAAAAUCUAGUAAAAAUAUUAAUAGUGAAAACAUCAAAUAUGGUUUUUAUAUUAAUUGUGGAGGAGAAGAUUACACUUGUAAUGAUUUUAAUUACUAAAUUUAACCAGAAGAACUCCCAAUAUUUUAUUAGUAACUAAUUGAUUUAGAUAUUAUUGAAAAAUAGGAUAUUUUAUUUUUAGGAAGUUGUUGUAUGUCAACGCCAGGACAUACAUUAUAACUUUCUAAAUUCUUCAAGUGA